AAACCCUCAGAUCACAAGCUACAAUGUCACCAGUGACCGCCUGGAUCUACUUCGGUUUAUGGUCUCCACUCAUUAGCUAUGCAGGUCAGUUUAUAAAUGUGUUUAUAAGUUUGUAUAUAUUAAAAUGUUGAAACGCUGAACAUUUUACUGCAAUGGAUAUAGAAAAUGUAACUUUGCCUUAUAACUAAUAUUUCAAGUAUAUAUCAGACUUGUACAUUUGGUUUCAAAUGACUUGUAAUUCAUCCAAAUUGCACAACUUUGCAAUGCCAUAUGAUCCGUGAUUUGGAGUUUUGCCCAUGUUAUAAAACGAAAGAAAAAGUUGAUUGAUGGGAAAAGAUAGUUGAUGGUUAGAGAACAGCUUCAAAAUUAAAUUGCUUUGUGUUCUAAACAUUAGUCACACAAUAUUGUGAUAACUAAAUAUAUAUAUAUAUACAUUAAGUCACUUCCUUGGAUUUUUUUGUUCUGAAAAAGAAAAUUUAAAUAAGACAUAACAACUCUUUAUCCUGCAACUGGGUACCACCAUCUUAGUACUGUGUCAAUCAUUGUAACGUGCCCUAUAUUUACAUCUGGCUGUCAGUAGAGAGAACGUAUAAUUAUUAAUAGCCAGGGCUUAAAAUUUGAACUACUACUAGAUAUGCCUUAAAGGUUGCUCACCAUUGCAAGCCAUAGUAUACACUGCAAAGGUAAGGGUGAAUUUCUACUCACCAGGGCUAAAUUUCAACUUGCCAAUUGCUAGUGCGAUCGGAGAUUUUGAGCCCUGAUUACUAGCAUUAAUAAAGUGUCAGCAUAUUUUACAGCACUGUACAAUUGGGGAAAAGGACAAUACAAUAUACACCGACCGAUACAAAAGAUAUAGAUUACUCUCAAGAUCUAGUCACGGAAGCUGUUUCAUACAAAUUAUUUAGCUAGAUAGGCUGUGAGCUUACAAUCUGAAGGUUAAAAAGUUGAGCCCAAACUAGUAUAGGUAAUCUGAAGCCAGAGAGAAUUAAAUGAUAAAUGGAGCUACAGGCAACAUGUCAAUGGAAAUGAGGAGGCAUUUUAAUGAAAUCUCAAACAGUUGGGGAAGCAUGGCUACAAAGUUAGAUGGAACCAGGGUGGGCAAGUUGGAAGUGCUCAGUGGAAUUUAAGUUUUUCUUUUGUUUGUUGGGCUUCCAGACUGAGGCCUAAGGAACUGUUUUUAUUGGUAGAUGGGGAAAGGGGUGGAGAGGGGAGGAACAAACAUGUGUUGUUUACAAUUGAAAAGUGUGCCAUCCAAAUUCUAUUAGCCACAAUAUUAACAAUUAUGUACACAAAAUAUUGGUAAAAUACAUUUAGUGAAAAAACAAAACAAAAAAACAAAACAAACUGCAUGUAUAGAAAAUGGAAAAUUACUGUGGAGACUAGUGGAAUAAAUGAUAACAUUGUUAUAAUAACAAAUAAUAAUAUGGUAACAACGGUGGAAUAAAUCAGAUAAGUAUCCUGCAAGUUACAUUCAGUACCUGAAAGUUACAAGGAGAGGUGGACUUUUAUUUUUUCUCUUAUAUAAAAAGAAGAAAAUAAAUUAAACAAUGUUUAUAUUUCUCAUCCUCAGUAUUUGCUGUGGAGGAAUGACCUGAAUUGUGAUGUAAUUUGCUAAAUCUUUAAUAUAAAUCUAAAAAAAGGAAAUUGAACAUCACAUGAAAAAAAAAGUUAUGGGCCGUUUUCAAUAUUUUAGUGGCAUACACUGAACAGCCACAACAUUAAGACCACUGACAGGUGAAGUGAAUAGCAUUGGUCAUAUGUGUUGAAAGCAGGAAAAAUGGGCAAGAUUAAAUGAUCUGAGUAACUUUGACAAGGACCAAACAGAUGACUUGUUCAGAGCAUCAACAAAACGUCAAGUCUUGUGGGUUCUUCCCAGUAUGCAGUGGCUAGUACUUACCAAAAGUGGUGCAAGUGCGGACAACAGUGAACCGGCAUCAGGUCAUGUGUGUACAAGGCUCAUUGGUGGAGUGAAGGCCAGUCCAUAGCUCAAAUUGUUGAAAAAAUUGAUAUUGGCCAUGUUAGAAAGGUGUAAAAACAAACAGUGCUUUGCAGUUUGCUGUGUAUGUGGCUACAUUGCUGCAGACUGGCCAGAGUGCCCAUGAUGACACCUGUCCACCUCAAAAAGUUCCUUCAGUGAGCUUCAGAACUGGAAGGUUGCUUUUUCUUUUAUAUUAGAUGUAUGUGUGCAUUGUUUAUCUGGGAAAUAAGACAGCCUGUGGAGGCAGUGUUAUGCUCUGGGCAAUGUUCUGCUGGAAAACCCUGGAUCCUGGCAUUCAUAGGGAUGUUCCUUUGACAUAUACGACCUAAAUUCCAGAGAUCUCCGACUGAACAUGUGCAAUGUGCUAUAACAACAAAUAUGAUCCAUGGGGGCCCCACCAUGCAACUUGCAGGAUUUAAAGGAUCUGCCGCUAAGGUCUUCAUGCCAGAUACCACAGGACAAAUUCAGAGAUCUUGUGUAGUCCAUGGUUCGAUGCACCAGAGCGGUUUUCACAGCAUGAGGGGGACUUAGAUGAUUUUAGGCAGGUGGUUUAAAUGUUGAGGCUGAUCAAUGUAAAUUCUAGAGAAUUAACAGUUUCCCUUUAAUGCUUACAGAAACAUAUUCCUUCUUAGAAUAAAACCAAAUGGUAUACACUAGAGCAAUGGUAGGCAACAUUCAGAUUUCCUCUAAUGUUUUCCCUGCAUUAUAGCUGUGAGAGCAUUAUGGGAGAUGUAGUCCACAACAUCUGGAAUACCAAAUGUUGUCUACCCCUGAAAGGCGUAUGAAAAAAGGAACAUUUAUUAUCUCUUUAACAUAUUGAAUUCCUUUUAGCAACCCAGGAGAACAGGACUUUGAAGUACUCCAAAUCAGCUGUUGCUCGUCUCACAAAUGACCUGAUGGAUGGGUACCAGAAAGAGGUUAGACCAGUGCGUGAUUGGAGAAAGCCCACCAUUGUGUACAUAGAUUUCCUUCUAUAUGCCAUCCUGGGAGUGGUAAGUUAAAUAACUAUCUGUGAUACAUACGUCAUGUUAAUGUUAUUUUAUAUCCAAGGUAUUAUCAUUUUCAAAAGUUCUAACAUAUUCUAAUUUAAUAUCUAGUAGAUGCAGAAUGGUAAUGCACCCGAUGUUUUCCAGUAGAAUUCAAAAUACUAUUUAAAAAGUUCCAACAACUAGCUACAUAAAUUUGACUAAUCCCUUUACAUUUCUGAAUUCCCAGAGAGCAUCAUACAUUUGAAAAGAAAUCUGUAAAUGUGACUUUAAAUAUAUAUAUUAUAUACAGGAAGUGGAAAAAAGGUAAAAUUUGUUUUGAUUUAAAUUCUUCACCUCAUUAAAAUGGCAUACUUAGUUCAGUGUAAUAGUUGUUAUGCAUUUAUUUCAUGUUCCACUUUUGGAGGUUUGAAUGCUGUCUAAUCUGUAGACAAUUCUCUAUAUUGCAGCAGGAAAUUGUAUUUUUAAAGUCUGAGAUUUUUAAAUUAACCAUUACACAAGCUCAGGCUGGGACUGUUGCAAACUAACUGCCUUCAGCCAUAUGGCCUCUGCCUCUAGCCAUAUGGCCUCUGUCUCUUAAUUAAUAAACUAAUUUCUUUGAAAUGUUAAUGAUCAUUAGCCUUGUGCUCAAGUAUUAUAUCCAAAAGAAAGAUAUAUUAAUAUUUACCCACAGAAUUAAUAUUUAAGCCUCAUUUUUGUUAUAUUUGGAAUGUGACCAGCACGAUCUUCUAAUCAAGCCCAAACAUAAUUUGUGUAACUUAACCAUAGGGGAAGGGAUUGUGAUGUCUGCUAUAUUGGGUCACAAGUAAGGAAUGUGACAAAUCUAUGGAUUGGGAAAAUGGUAACAAAUUCAUAGAUGCAAUUAUUAUUUCUGUGGCAAGUACAUAAAAGGAGAUAGAACCAAAAUGUUUCCAUUUGGAUUGAUGUUGGUCUGGAACACAAAGGGGUGGUCACUUAUAGUUACUAUAGCUACGCUUUAACUCCUCCUCUGGGCGAGGCAUGGUAAUCUACAGGAUAUAUAUCCAAUGAUACUGUUGUGUUUGAGGUGUGUUUUUGUACUUGCUUGGGGGCCAGAAUCUAAUUCUAAGUCUGUCACCACCUUUUCUUACCAGAGACCCCCUAGGGCAGAAGUUUUACUUUGAAAACCUGAGUAAGUGAUUAGGACUUCUGUUAUUUUAUCCCUUUUGUUUUAUCUGUUGUUGGUGUAACUAAUUUGAUUGCAAUCUAUAUUUUUGUAUGCACUGUUACUAUUUUUUGUUCAUAAUAAAUAUUCCUUUAUUAAGUUCGGCCUUUGUCUGGCAAAGAAUCAUGUUACCUGAAGAGACUAUUUAGUAUUUUGAAAUUACAUAUAUAUUGUGCUAAGUUACAAUUGGUGGGUUUUUAUUAUUGGGUUACCUGGGGAACCAAGGCACCCUAUUUAUAAAUUGUCUUGGUGGUGGCAGUGUUAAAAUAGUAGGGUGGUGUUAAGGGGGGUUUUUAUUAUUAUUUCCGGUCCAGUGCGGACAAAUAGUGAACUUGAAGGAGGGUGCAUUCGUGACACAUACACAAUCGAAACUGUUCUCUCUCCUGUGACUGUUUGUCUAAAGUUACCUUCCUCCUUUCAUUCAUCCUGUAUUUCAUGCAUCCUUAGUGAAGCCUUACGUGCCUGAUACAUUUUACCAGAACUCUUCCUCCACCAGGACCAGUACAAGUCAACGGGGAAGAAGAGUAUGAGGUAUCCAAAAUCCUUGAUUCCCAUAUACAUUGUGGCAAACUACAGUAUCUUAUCCACUGGAAGGGGUAUGGUCCAGAAGAACGGUCUGGAAACCUUCCUCAAAUCUCCAUGCACCACGUUUGGUCAGAUCAUUUCAUCUCUGUCAUGCUGGAUGUCCUGCCCCCAUCCACAUCCAGAGGAUGUGUCAUAGGAGGAGGGGUAUUGUCACAACUUACCUACAUCCCGUUGCUGCUCCAGCGGCUAUCCUUUACCACGACUACCCGAACCUGCGCAUUUAUGACCUAUGAACAUUCAUUGCAUCACGUCUCCUUGGCGAUGGUAGAUGCUUAGAAGGCGUGACCUUUAGCCUUGUCUAUCAUUAGUGAACCUUGCUGCCUCGAUUUUGACUAUGGACUGCCUGACCUUGCUCUUGCCUUGCCCAUUAUCGAACUUUGUUUAUUAUUUGGACUUUUGUUGCUUAUUUUUCAAGUACUGCAUUUUGGGUUUCAUAACCCUAACAAGUGACACCAUCACUAUUUGGCCCUUCUUAAAGUGACUCAGAUCUUUCACUUGCCCAUUUUUUCUGCAUCCAACACAUGAAAUUCAAGAACUGACUGUUCACUUGCUGCCUAAUAUAUCCCACCCAUUGAAAGUUGUCAUUUUAAUGAUUAAUCAAUGUUAUUCACUUCACUCGUGUCAGCAGUUUUAAUGUUAUGACUGAUCAGUGUAUGUGGACAUUUUACAUAAGGGCUGGUUGCAGGACCUUUUAUGAAAUUCCAGAUUUUUUAUUUUUAUAUUAAUGGUGAAAUAAACUUUUUAUACAUUGGAGUAUUUCACACAGUAUUCACUUUAAGCAUUGUAUUCACCAGAAAUAAGCAAAUCUAAAAAAAAUGAUGAGGCUCAAUUGUUGUCAAGUUGUUUUCAUUUAUGGAAAACCUUUAUUACUGUAGGUUUUUCUAAAUCAUGACAAUUGGGGAAUAGGGGUUCUGUUCAGUUUACAUUUAAUAUGACGUUUAAUUACUUUGUAAUCUAUUCUGAGUAGCACAGAUCUAUCGUGUGGCUAGAUACAUUUAUGAAAGCUUUUAUUUUUUUCUGUCUUUAGAAUGAAAAGAGACAAAUGCUGUCAACUUACAUUUGGUACAAGCAGGCAAGUAGCCUUUACUAAUUCACUUUUCUACUUAUGCAACCAUGUAAAGGCUUUAAUUUUUGGCAUAAAGGCAUUGCUAGAAAUUUGAAAAUCUUGAAUAAAUAUUGGCUUGUCUAAGAAUAACCAUAGCAAGAUGUAACUUGCUUUUUUAAUAUAAAUUAAGGGAAAUUAAGUGGAAACUGUAACUUUGAAUGCAUUUUGAUGUUCUCUUUACCUAUCCAAAAUAUUUACCAAAUAGGUUUUUCUAAAGUCUGAAAACUAAAAGUAAAUGUAGAAGACUACACAUCAAUCAUGGAACUGGACAUUUCCAUCUUAACUUCCUGUUAAUCAUUGCUGUAAAAAGAGGAGACAUAAAACAGUGUUUCUAUUCUUCUCCUCAUUUGUAUUGCGUUCCCUGGCUGUGCCUGCACUGAAGUAGAAUGUAAUGUUAUUUGCUAAAUUUUAUGGAUUUUAAAAGUAAAUUGGGAUAUCACAUGAAAAGGUUAUCACAUGUCAGAGGGAAUUUGAAUGUUUUAUACCAAUGUUAUACUUACCAUAGAAAUUACCAUACAGAUUCAAGGUGUAAAAGUUUAAUCCUGUUAAAAUCCAGUGUAUUCAAUCUUUGUCUUCUUUAGAUAUGGAAAGAUGAAUUUCUUACCUGGGAUCCUAAGGACUAUGAUAAUGUUACUGAGAUCUCCCAUUCAACAGAAAAGAUCUGGACUCCAGACAUGUUUGUUUUAGAAUAGUAAGUACUUAACGAAAAAACAUUUUCUGUUCAUAUGUAUACGAUGACAAUAAACAAAAAUAGCACAACUAAGGGUAUGAGAUGUUUUUACAAACAAAGGAUUGUAGGGAAUUGACAAGAACCCUUUUAAUUGUUGACCCAAAAAAGUCAAAUUGGAUACAUUUGUUUAAAAGAUUCUAUAGUGUUAGGAAUACAAAUCUGUAUUCCUAAACCUAUAGUGCAUUGGUCCCUUCCUCCCUUGCGCCCUCCCCCUCCGGCAAAUAAAGGGUUAAAAAAAUUUUUUAUUUACUCACCCGAUUCCAGCACUGAUGUCCCUGGGUCAGUGGUCUGCCUCCUCAGAGCAUAAGGACUAAGAGUAAUUUAAGGGACACAGAGUCCGAUAAACUCCCGGAAGUGCCUCUAGAAGUUGUCUGGUAGUCAACCACUAGAGGCUAUCUUAGUACUGCAUUGUUUUACAUGGCAGGACCAGGGGCCUAUAGUGUUCAUUUCAGCUCUUUUUGACAGCUUUGUUGAUUCCAUAUUAUCUUUGCAAUUGCAUUGUAAUUCCCCCACAGCUCUUAAAUAUAUAUAAAACAGUAUUAAAUAGUUCCUUAAUAAGUGCAUAAAAAAUGUAACUUUUAAAUAUUAGUGUUUGUGUAUAAACAAAUGGCUUUAUGUUGCAUAAAGUGCUAACCAGUUGCAUAAUAAUAAAACCAGAAAAAAAACUUCAGUUACAGAGGAAGUGUGUUACUCAAAAUAGUGCUUAUAGAGCAAAAUAAUUUAACAGUAGCUCUACAUUCUUGUGUAGGAUUCCCUCUACCCCACACACCACAAUAAACGCACACUUAUCCAAUGGUAUAAGAUACACCUAUACCAACCAUGGAGCGAAUCAAUAACCAAAAGGGGUAGCUUGCCAUGUGUGCAUAAUAGUAUGUACAGAAGAUGAUGUCCAGCACAUACAAACAGAAAAAAACAAUAUCUAGUGCAGAUGGUAAUGAACAACAAUGGUGUAUUUAUUCCUUAAAAUUGGGUCACUCACAUGUAAUGGAGCCUAUGUAUAUUGGCUCUGUGUAUAGGGCUGCUAUGCUCUUAGGGCAGCAUCACACCACUUCCUCAUAAGGAUAUUCCCUCCGGUGGAGAUAAGAGAGGAAAGCAUCCAAUAACUAGUAUAUCCAGUAUACAAACUCUAAAAGUAUAAAUAAGGUAUUGUGGUCACCUUUUUAAGAGCCUUAAAAUCCAGGUUCUAAGGUAUACAGGUAUGGUGCCACUAUAGAGGGGAUGGCACUUCCCCAAUGAAGAUUCCUGAGGCUUCAAAGGAUUCUUAAAAAUACUAGUAUAUUUAUCAAUUAACAACAACAACAAAAAAUAGUAAAAAAAACCCAUAAAAUAUUGUCCACAUGCAUGUUUCGCUCCUUCCCUGAGCUUCUUCAGUCAGCUGUGAAAAUCUCUGAGAAUCUUACUUUUUAUGUAUCCUAUGGAUCCUCCUCUUAGGUCUCAUGUGGUAUUGAAUCAGCCAAUCAUAGAAAAUUCGGGAUUCCCGACCCUUUAAUUAUACAUGACCACCUGUUUAGGUACAAUCCAAUUUGUUGGCAUUAUUCCUGCCAUACUACAACUUUAAAUUUAUUGGUGGUUUGUGGUGAUGGACAUAAACUUGUGACACACAUUCCAAAGUUGGCGGCAGUGGCAUUGCAGAAUAUACCGCAGGUGCUCGAGGAAGUCUCGCACCUUGUCAGACUUUCUACAUUAUACAUUUGUCUUGCAUUAAUACAGCACAGCCCUCACCCUUGCUAAACAAUACUACUUUUCCUCUCUCAUUAGUUCAUGCUCCUGCAAUCCUAGGCAUCAUUUUAAUACCUUUAUUUCUCUACUUCGCUCCGCUGUGGCCACCCCACAAACUAAUCUUUCAGCUGAUAGCUUUGCAUGUUACUUUACUGACAAGAUUAAACAGUUAAGGAAUGAAUUCUCCCCCCUUAUCCACUCUCUAUCUCAACUUCACUUGGACCAUACCAUCCCUACCCUCUAAGACUUCUCUCCAGCUACUGAACAGGAGGUGGCUGUGCUUCUCCUUUCCUCUCAUCCCACCAUAUGUCCACUUGAUCCCAUACCGUCCCACCUCAUCAGAUCUCUCACCCCUUGUCUGGUGCAGUCAUUAACGCACAUCUUCAGCUGCUCUCUUUCUUUUGGUGUUGUCCCAGCUAUCCUUAAACAUGCUACUAUUUUACCUGUCCUCACAAAUCCAUCUCUUGACCCAAUUUCCCCUUCCAACUAUCGUCCCAUAGCCCUGCUUCCUUUUUCCUCUAAGCAUUUGGAAAGACUUGUCUUUACCCAUCUGACUUGCUUCCUCAAUUCCAACUCUCUCUUUGACCCUCUUCGGUCUGUAUUCUGCCUCCUCCACUCCACAGAGACUGCUCUGAUUUGAGUUACAAACAAUCUAAUUGCAGCUAAAUCCAAAGGCCACUACUCCAUACUAAUUCUUCUUGACCUCUCUGCUACCUUUGACACUGUUGAUCAUGGCCUCCUUCUCCUAACUCUUCAAUCUCUUGGUCUCUGUGACACAGCCCUCUCAUGGUUCUCUUCCUAUCUCUCCCAACACUCUUUCAGUUUCUCCUUUUCCUCCUCGUCCUGUCUCAGUUGGAGUCCAUCAAGGUUCAGUUCUUGGUCCCCUUUUGUUCUCUCUCUAUACUGCCUCUCUUGGCAAACUCAUUAAUUAAUUUGGAUUUAACUACCACCUGUAUGCUGAUGACACCCAGAUAUAUCUCACCUCGCUUUAACUCUCACCUGCUGUCCCACAACGUGUCAUCAAUUGCCUUUCUUCUAUCUCUGAAUGAAUAUCCUUACACAUUCUGAAACUCAAUCUCUCUAAAACUGAGUUUAUUAUUUUUUCUUCCUCAUAACACUGAUCACUCUCCCUGCAGGUUGAUGGUACCUGCCUCACCCCAUCCUUUUAAGCUCACUGUCUUAGUGUCAUUUAUGGACCUGGCCUCACCUUUGUGCCUCGUGUCCAGUCUGUUGCUAAAACCUGAUGAUUCCACCCUAAAACCAUUGACCACAUACUCCCCUUUCUUACUCAAGAUGCUGCCAAAGAGCUAGUUCAUGUGCUGGUAAUCUCUCGCAUUGAUUACUGUAAUUCUCUCCUAAUUGAUCUCCCCAGAAGCCGUACUUCCCCCCUAUAAUUUGUGAUGAAUGCUGCUGCCAGGCUGAUCUUUCUCUCCUGUCGCUCCUCUCACACCUCACCCCUCUGUCAAUCCUUACACUGGAUUCCUAUAACCUACAAGUGUCAAUUUAAAGUACUAACCCUUACUUACAAAGCUCUAAUCAACUCUAGCCCCUCUUACAUUCCUACACUGAUUCAUAGGUAUGCCGCCUCUCUAUCUCUCCACUCUACUGGUAACCUUCUCCUGUCUGCUCCUCGCACCCUUACUGCAAAUUCACGCCUGCAAGACUUCUCACAGGCAGCUCCUUUCCUUUGUAAUAGCCUGCCUAUCCCUGUCAGACUCUCUCCUAGUCAUCAAUCCUUUAAAAAGUCCCUCAAAACCCAUUUUUGUGUGCUUAUGGCCACCAAGAAUAACUUCUAUCUCUCAAACAUUCCUCUUGCUCUUUCCACAAGGGCCACACUUUACUCUCACAUUCAGUUCUGCUACUUUCCCACCACGUCUAUUUGCUGUCUCUCUCAAUGCCCUUCCUAUAGUGUUUUUAUACCCCACCUCUUCUAGUUUGUAAGCUCGUUUGAACAGGGUCUUCAACUACCUAUUUUUACACUUUGUUAUUGUCUCAUUGGUAAAUUCUCUCUUUUAUUGUAAAGCACUGCAGAAUAAGCUGGCGCAUGACCACCCCAUCGGACAACCACCCUGUGCCACUGCUCCUCCAUCAUGUACUUCCCUCUUACUGAUGAGUCCACCCUCCCCCUGUGCGCAAGAUGAGAGGGAGUCACAUUUGAACGCCAUUCAUAGCCACGUCACAAGCCACAUCAUCUGUCUUCCUGCCAUCCUAACACAUCAUCUGAUCGCAAGCUGACAAUUAUCCCACACACGUCGGGGACUAGCGGGUUGCGUGAAUGUGCAAUAAAACAGAGCAAAACAUUUUUGAACAUACAGAAAUAUAUUGUAUAAGUGCCACCAAUAAAGUGCCAGUACAAAAUUAACAUCGACUGAGAAAGCCUUAAAGAGGUGAAAUGCCAUGUGUACAUUUUAUUACUUAUUUUUGAUUAUGAUUGUUUAUUUUGCCUUUCUGUUAAUAUUAUUUAUGUAUCUAUUGGAUUUAUUUAUGUAUUUUAUUUAAUAAAUAUAUAUUUUGCCUUUAUCUGGAGUGCAUCCCUCAUCUGACCAUCAAGGGUGACGCCUCCCACAAAGAGAUGCAUUGUGGUUUCAAAGAUCCUGAUUUGUGGCUCUUAUACAUGUGAUUGGUUCUUCAUUCAUUUUUAUUCUCUAUGGUUUUAAGCAUACUAUACUAUAUACUGCUUUUAUAUGCUUUUUUAAAUUUUUGAAGGUGCACGUUGACAUAUCAUGAGUUACAGUGACAUAAGUAAAAUAUGCAUCAUGGCAUAAUACAGGUUUAGAGGAAUCACAUAACUUGUCAAGUGAAACUGCACACAUUUUCAAAUUUUUUAACAUGGUACAAGAACUGGUAGCAGUGCAAGCCGGUACUCCCAGGCUUAUGACCCUUUAGGAGGUUAGCCAACAUGCAAUAUCACAUCCUUUGAUGUUGAAACUUAAUGUUUAAUCUGUUGUUGCAAAAUAACGUAAAGUAAAAUGAAAGGUAAAAAAAGGAGGUAAACAAGUUGAGACUCCACUGGUGCAACAGUGAGCCACCUCAGCAGAUAUUCAUCACUCUAGGGAACAUGGGUUAAGCACAGGCUGUAUUUAUUUGUUUGGCAAGAGUAAUCAAAGCCCCCAGCGAUAUUGUAUGCCUGCUGUUCUCAGGCGGCUGGUAAAGUGGUACAUUGUUUUCCGCCAGUGCAGCGUGGACCUUGUUAAGUCCUGAAAGAAGAGCAAUUGGGCAUUUUCAAAUUCCAGGGGUGUCUUGCCUCUCACCACCGUGUGAUUGGUAGAUUUGUCUUGCGAUGUGGCACAGCACGGAAUAACAUCUUAAGCUUCUGUGGAUAGUGAGUUGGGCACUGCUGGUAAGCGGUAUAUGCCCUCAAGAGAUAUUUUCCGGGUAACUGACAGAGACAGGAUGGUGGCCAUUAGUCUCCUGAGAAACUGUGGCAGUUCAACUAAUAUGAUCACUGCAGGUACACCGCAGAGCUUAAUGUGGUUGCAGCGCAAUCGAACCUCUUGGGUGGACACCUGUAGCGCUAGUGCCUGGUGGGCUGCUUGUAAUGUUUGCAGUGUGUCUGUGAGGUUAGACACACCGUUGUUUAAUUUGAGAAUGUUCUCCUCCAUGACGCUUACCCUUUCAGUGCUUUGGCUAACAUCCACCUUUAGGAUGCCGAUAUACGUGGCAAGCAAGUCCUGGAGUUCUUUCAUCCAUCGUUGGAGGUCAUGUUUUGUGGCAAUGGUCUAAUCCCCUGGUUCUUUAAGGGCUGGGAGCAUGGUGUUUUGUUCCCUUCUGCCCACGUUGCCGGUGAGUGGACUUGUGGAGUAGGCCACGCUGGGGCAGGUAAGGCCUCUCUACAGCUGUCAAUGCAGCAGCACUCCAAUAUCUGGUUGUUCAGCUGAUGAGCCCAGCUGCAACGUCUGUGUGCGGUGCCUCAUUGUUGUGGAGGUGUUGUUAAGUGUGGAGGUGUCUUCCCCCUCUGUGUCUAGGUCAUCAUACACCCGAGUGCCUCCGAGGAGAGUCUCAAGGUUAUGUAUGGAAGGCCCUGCUUUUGCGUUUGACCAUACUGGAUUUUGAGGGUUGAAAGAAAGGCAUCUAUCUGCUCCUCUAUGUGCCCUGAGCCGGUGUGUGGUCUUAGUCUGGCCGGAUGGGGGAUGAGUUACGAGAUAUCAGCAGAUUAUGUAUAUCGAAGUUUGGAGCCGACAUACAUGGUAUCUGUUCAUCUUUGGUACCAAGACCUGCCCCAAUUUUAUAUGUUUUUAUCCCUGAGGAACACAAAACUACAGCCAAGAGGGGAGUAGUCUCCCAUAAAGACUCCAAGGUGCAAAAGUACAUCUGAAUUCCAGGCUCUAGUCCAUGUGAGUGGACAGCUAUAAGGGAUUUUUUUGUGGUGGAAUAUAUAUUUUCAUAUUACCAUACAUUUUUCACUAUUGUGCUAAUUUUAGCUAUUUUUGUACUGGCACUUUAUAGGUGGCACUAACAUUUUCUGUGCAUUCAAAAACUUUUUGUUGUUUUUUUGCACAUUCCUUACAUUAUUACGUAAUUGGUUAGCACUUUAUGCAACUCAAAGUCAUUUGAUUUAUAUUUUUUCAUAUUGAAUCACUGAAAUCAUGAACACUACAUUUGUGGUUAUUUAUUUAUGGUGUUUAAAGGAAGGACUUAAGAGUAGAAAGCACAUUUGCACACUAUUCAUAGUUUUUUAAUAAAAGGAAUAUAAUUAAAGCACCUUUUUAUACUUUGUAGUUUUGAUAUAUGCUUUUAUAAUAUAUGCUUUUAUAAAAGCUAAACUGUAAAUUUAUUUUCAUUUAUUGUCUGGAAAUUAAGUUGGAAAUUACUUCUCAAAAAUCUUCAGUGUGCUCGCUGAACACGACCAAAAGUCAUUAGCUAUUAUAAGAGACCCAAUGUUCCACUAAACAGGAUCCAAAUGUUUCAUACCUUACAUUUCACACUGGACUCCAUGUAGUAGUUGGUGGCAAAAAAAAACAUCAUAAUCUUUUAUGUCAAAAGGCUUUUCACUAGUUGAUAUAGCUAAGUAGUACAACCACAGCUAAAUGGCUACAUUGAAAACCCCAAAAAUUGCAGUGGCGGCAUUCCCCAGAAUUUUACUCCUCCCUAUGCAGGGCAGAGAUGCUUAAACAUUACAGAGAGCUGAGUAUAAUACAGAUAUGCUAAUACAAUAAAACAAACUGGGCACAACAAUCAUUACAGAUUAAAACAGAUUGAAAUCAGAAUUUAGAUCAGUCCUCAGAGUCACAGCCCCCGUCCUACAGUUUGUAGAUUCACAAAUGAUUAACUAGCUACAGCAUGAGUGUCUUAGGUCUCAGCUGUAGAGUGACUAAGCAGUUUAAAGAAGAUGAUGGGUAUAUGCAGUAGGAGUUAUUAUAAUUAUUAUUGACAGACAGCACAGUGCUGUGUGUCAGAAAUGCCUCCUCCCCUUGUCACCCCUGUGCUUCUUUGUCUUUAUAUAUUAUAAUUAUAUAUUUGAUUAAAUUGCUUCAUCAGCCCUCAGGCAGUCACUAAGACUAUUGGGAGAGAGAAAAAGCUAAUAUUAUAUACUUACAUUUGGCAGGGGCCAGGAGAUGUUGCUGCUAUGCUGUGUUACUUCCAAGAUGACUUUUUGCAUCUCUCUCCUGUGAGCACUGUAAGCACACCCCCUGCUGCUAUGAGCUAAUGAUGGUCCCUGAAUAAAGGGCAUUCACUUAUGGGUAACUGGCCCUGCUACUCGAAUGGCAACUCAAUGGAAAUUCCUGAAAAUCCUUCUUAAAGGUCACAAGGCAUGAGCAAAACCUGCUGAAACAGGGCAGAUUUCACACCAGCCCCAUUUUUUUAAAUGCCUAAAUGCUCUCAUGUUUGAAACCUAUUGCGGAUUUAAAGAGACACAUUUCUUUUCUAUAUUAUACCUUACCUCCCCUCCAGAAUUUUAGUGUUUUAAAAAAACUGGUGGGUACUGCCCCAAUUGGCCCUAUAGACAAGAGUCCAUUGCUUUAAUUGUAUAGCUUGUUAGCAACUGUCAAGAGCAUGCUUUGUUGUGAAAAUCUUACUGUUCCAGGGCUAUGUGCAGAAAAAAUGAACAGGUUUCAAUAAUUUGCUGGACUACAACUGCAAAUAAAUUAGCCAGUCAAAAAUUCCAUGACAAUAACAAGUAGAUCAACAAACAAUAUGGCUUCUAUUAAAACCAGGCUAGUGAAAAAAUAGUGAAGUACUGAUGUGUAGUACCACACAUCGUAGAUACUGAAUUUCAUUAAUCUCAUAUUAAACAUUUCCAUUUUUACAGGAACUUGGAUAGAAGCAAAUUUUUUAUUGAGUGUCUAUUGAAAAACAUAUAUAUUAAAACAGUCGGACACAAAAUGGUAUCCAAUAAUAAAAUAAAAAUGUAUUCAAUAAAUCAAGGAAAUUGUUGCAAAUAUGUUCAAAAGGUCAAUUUUGUUGACCAAUCCUUACAUCAGACAAUCUACACCCUGUUCCAAAUUAUUAUCCAAAUUCUAUUUAAGCGUCACAAAGAUUAAAUAGUUUGUUUUUCAGUUUAACUCAUGGAUGGCAUUGUAUCUCAGGGCUCUUUUGAUCACUGAAAACAAUCUUGGACACCUGUGAUAAAUAGAUUGCCAGGUGAGCCCAAUUUAAGGAAAAACUACUAAAGGAGGAUGUUCCACAUUAUUAAGCAGAGCACCAUUUUCAUGCAAUAUGGGAAAGAAAAAGGAUCUCUCUGCUGCCGAAAAGAGUAAAAUAGUUCAAUGCCUUGGACGAGGUAUGAAAACAUUAGAUAUUUCAUGAAAACUUAAGCGUGGUCAUCGCAUUAUUAAGAGAUUUGUGGCUGAUUCAGAGCACAGAUGGGUUUGUGCAGAUAAAGGCACAUUGAGGAAGAUAUCUGUCAGAUCCAUGCAUCGGAUCAAGAGAGCAGCUGCUAAAAUACCAUUAUAUAGCAGCAAGCAGAUAUUUGAAGCUGCUGGUGCCUCUGGUGUCCUCCAGAGUCUUGCAACUGUGCAUAAACCUUCUAUUCGGCCACCACAAACCAAUGCUCACAAGCAGAAACGGCUGCAUUGGGCAGAAAAAUGCAUGAAGACUAAUUUUCAAACAGUCCUGUUCACUGAUGAGUGCCGUGCAACCCUUGAGGGUCCAGAUGGAUGAAGUAGUGGAUGGUUGGUGGACGGCCACCCUGUUCCAACAAGGCUGCGACAUCAGCAAGGUGGUGGUGGAGUCAUGUUUUGGGCCGGAAUCAUGGGAAGAGAGCUGGUCGGCCCCUUUAGGGUCCCCGAAGGUGUAAAGAUGACCUCUGCAAAGUUUGUGGAAUUUCUGACUGACCACUUUCUUCCCUGGUACAGAAGUAAGAACUAUGAUUUCCAUAAUGAAAUAAUCUGCAUGCAUGACAAUGCACCAUCUCAUGCUGCAAAGAAUACCUCUGCAUCAAUGGCUGCUAUGGGGAUAAAAGCAGAGAAAUUCAUGUUGUGGCCUCCAUCCUCCCCUGACCUCAAUCCUAUUGAGAACAUUUGGAGCCUCCUUAAGCAAAAGAUCUAUGAGGGUGGGAGGCAGUUAACAUCCAAACAGCAGCUCUGGGAGGCUAUUCUGAAAUCUUGCAAACAAAUUCAAGCAGAAACUGUCCAAAAACUCACAAGUUCAAUGGUUGCAAGACUUGUGAAGCUGCUGUCAUAUAAGGGGUCCUAUGUUAACAUGUAACGUGACCUGUUAAAAUGUUUAAAAAGUUAAAAUGUUGUUAUAAGUUUGAUUGAAAUAGCUUUUGAUUUCAGUAAAUAUGCUGCAAACACAACAAAUGACAAUUUUCAGUUCUUUACAACCUAUAAAGUGUUUUGAAACUUACUGUGCGUAAUAAUUUGGAACAGUGCAUUGUAAGUUUUUUAUGUUUUAAAAAAAUACUGUUAUCAUUAGGAGGUUUGUUCAAUAAAAUUUGAAUUGUACUCUUAAUAGUUGAUAACAUGAGAAUUAUGCUGACUGUUAUUUACAUCAAUUAUUUAGGUAAAUGAGAAAAAUAUAAUUUGCAUAAUAAUUUGGAACAGGGUGUAGAGAGCUAUGGAGAAAGUAAAGUAAACAACAAUUAGGUAUAAUUACAUCAAAUAGGAAGAAACAAAGCAAAAACCAAAGUUGGUUGGGUGAUACAGACUACCGUAACCAUAAUAUGGCCUUGAUUUACUUUGUUUGAAUAAACAUCAGAAAUUAAUCCAAAAUGUUUAAAAUUAUUAAUCUACAAAAAUGCCUGUAGACCUUAACGGUAACUCGAGUAGAUAAAUAAUUUGAAAAGCUUUUUUUCCCAACAGAAUGGAAUUAAUUCUGACUUUGAUUCAGAUUAAUUAAAUCAAGCCCAAUGUAAGCAGGAAGCUCUUCUCUUCUCUGGUCCUGGCUCUCCCUCCUCACCUCCUCUCCCUCACAGCUCAUUGGUAAGCUGGGUGGAAGUGAAUUAUUCUCACUUUCUACCAGCAUAGAGCAGGUGGCCUGGUUGUGCUGCUAAAGAUCUGUGGUGACUGACUGGGCCCCUAAUCAAAGAUGGCCCUCAGGUUGCCAUAAGUGCAUGGGCCACCUGAUGGGUCCUCAAAGGCUUGAGUGCCCCAGUGCAGCAGAACAGGUGGCAUUGGUGGUAGUUCCGCCUCUGCAUAGAAAAACAGACUUGAUAGUUCUAAGACAAGGCAAAAUGUAUCUCUUCCAUGACUCUAAUGAAUUCUACUUUUAAAACGUCUCUAAGUGUUACCUUUCUUCCAAAAAUCUGUAAUUAAUUUUGUGCCUGUAGUUAACAAAGGGGUGUGAAUUGAGAAGGGAGUCUGAUGUGUUUCCAAUAAUAUGAUCUGAAAUAAACUAUAUACUUAGUAUUAUAAGGUACUACAACCUUAAGGACUCCUGUAUAAGGUGAAAAGUUGUUAUAACCUGGCAACCUCAUUAAGGCCAUUAACGUGCAGAACACGUCCUUCACUGGGAGCUGAGACUCUCUUAUAUGCCUUUCAUGCACUUAAUAACACAAUUUAUUAAAUUCACGCUUGUAAAUGUAUCAUGUUUAUUGUUGGCAAUGUGGUUAUAAUUGAAAAUAAAGAGAAGAAAUAUAUUUAAAAAAUGAUGAUUUCUGUUUUUAGUGUGGAUAUUGAAAAGGCCCCAACAGCCCCUUAUGUUGCAGUCAACAAUGAAGGCAGAGUGCUCAAUAGCAAACCCAUGCAAAUAGUGACCACCUGUAACCUUAAUAUCUACUACUUCCCGUUUGAUGUGCAAAACUGUACGUUUACCUUCACCAGCUGGAUUCACAAACGUAUGUUAUAUAUAUACAUAUAUAUAUAUAUUUUUUUUUUUUUUAACCGUUUUGUUGUAUAUAUUUUUUUUACCAUUUUGUUGUAACCACAACCCUUUGUGCCUACUUGUUCAAUGAUUCAGUGUGUCUGCUUCUUGAAAAUGCUUUCUUCAGAUUGGUAAACAAUUUGCCUGUGUGAACAAUAUCCAAAGUUUACAAAUACAAGAUACAGGGUGCGCAAUAAUAACCACCAACACACAGUGAAAUAUACUAAUUAAAGCAAAUUUCUGCUGGUACAUAUCAUAUACCUUUGAUCACUCUAAAAACAGAAAAGCUUACAUAGCAUAAUACUGUUUUAUCAUGCAAAACAAAUAAGAAACAGAGGUUAAUGGGUCACUCACACUUCCCAGAGCCAUGUAUAGCAGGCUCUGGCUGUGUUGGCUUGUCAAUAAAUAAAGCUGGUUUGAUGCAGUUUCAGAACCUGUAGCUCCUUCUCCCAACUUGCUAGGGAAAUCUGAAGUAUAUAAAAGCUAUUUACGUCAGAAUAAAGUGCAAAAUACAGGAAAAAGCAGCGACAAAGCAGUGCAUAAAAGUUCAAAAUUAAUAGCACAACGCGUUUCAGCCUUACGGUCUUCUUCAAGGUGCAUAGCUAAUCCGCCCUUCUGUCCGUUUAUAUAGGGACCAAAAAAAACAAACCAAAAAGGCAAUGCAUUGAUUGGCACUAGUUUGUUAAAAUGCAAGUGCAGCUAAUGUCCAGAGUUUGCAGUCCAAAUGGCCUCAUAUGCACCCCAAUGGUUUUACCCCAUUAGGUAUGGGGCUAACUCUAUUACUGUAGGUAAAGGAAAAAAAAUAUUUCUGCUUUUAUGCUGCUACUUCUUAAAUAAAAGCAAACAAAGGGAUACCAUAUUGUUUCUCAAUGUUGUUAUCCUCUAAAAAUGCUGUGAAAGGAUCACUAAGCAAAAAUGUCUAUAUUCGCUUAAUUUAAAUUUCUUGUAGAUGCAAUCUAUAUGAAAAUUAACUUUUUGUCUUGUGCUAGCUUUGCAUCAUCUAUAAUAAAUGCAUGCUACACAUUCAGUGUAAUUUGCUAAAGUGAGAAUCCAAAAGUAAUUUUAAAUUCAAGACUGAAAUAGCCAAACUGGAAAAAAUCUAUAACUCAGUUUGCUUUCUGUUCGGUUACUUUAAAAUUCACUUUAGUAAAUAAACCUGUAUAUUUUUAAAUAACAAAUUAACAUUGGUGGGCUCAGAACCUUUUCUGGUAGGCAGCUCUAUUUAGUGAUUUUGACCAGUAAACAGAGUGUGACUCCUGUAAUAUCUAUGUAAUAUAUUGGAUGGUUUACAAUAUUUCUUAUUUUUUUUCCUGUCCCAUUCUUAUCUACUUUCACCGAAAAAUAUAUUUCUUACUCUACAGAAGGAGGACUACCCCCUUUACCUUCAUAGAAACGAGAAAUAAGAUUUGAUUAAUUAUUUUCUAAAACAUAAGACAAAAAAUAAUUGGAAUUCGUUUUUUUAAAAUUUAAUUUAAUUUUCAUUUAUUUGCAAAGAUUAGAGGUCACAAGUCUAAAAGAAAUUGGCUUAAUAUAUAGAUAUAUUCGAUUGUAAGAUAGUUAUAUGGUUCUUCUACUGUUCCCAAAUAUCUAAUGGGUUUUAUUAGAAUUGUUUGUCUUGUUUUACCUACCGUUGUGGUCAAAAUUAUUCAACCCCUGUUGAAAAUCAGGUUUAUUGUCAAAAUCGACAGACCUUCAGCUAUUUGCAACGUACAAAUCAAACUAAAACAAUUGAAAUAGCUCAACACAACAAAUGCUUCAAGUGGAUUCCCCAAAUUCAAUGGAAAAUUGCAACUUAUAAUGAUAGUUUACAACCAUUUUAAAUAUUAAAUCAGGUUUAUUUUGUUGAAGCAUGCAGGUUUUCUCCUCAUAUGUCAACAAUUAAUGCUUUUCCUUUACGUAACGUUCUGGUUUCUAGUGAAGGACAUUAAUGUAUCCCUACAUAGAACUCCCGAGGAGAUGAAUAAGAACAUCAGCUUUUUCCAUAGUGAUGGAGAAUGGGAUCUUUUGGAAUUGUUUCCCUACUACAACACAUUCAAAAAAAAAUAUUCGGAGAUAAAGAUUAAUGUAAGUUAAAGUUGUUCUCCUAAUACUCUUACAGUACAUGGAUUUAGCUCAUCAUGCUUCAUUGUGUUUAAUAAUAAUUGAAAUAGGCUGUGAUGCUCAAUUAACAAUAAAUAGUUCUAUAUAUAAAAAUAAUAAUAAAAAAAAUUGCUUUUUUGGGUGGCAUUUUGUGUAUUACUCAUUCUCGGACCUGGGACUCUGAAGGCUGUGCACAGUAUCUUAACUGUUCCUAAAACUGCACUCUUCUGGACAGAGAUUUCAGAUGUCCCACCUGCAAUCCGGUGAAGACACUCUCGCUCAGCUUGAGGGUUACAGCCUUGGGUGGGGUUGUAUAGCCUAAUCUGUGAAUAGGAAGUGGGUAACCGUGAAUAUUUGAGUAGCAAAGGCAGACUGUACUUAGCUAAAAACCAUAUAUUGUUAAGGAGCAGAAAAGGAAAAGGAACAGAGCUACAUAAAAGACUUAAAAGUAACAAACUGUAUUGAUGACACAGUAAAAGAAAAGAACAAAUAUAUACAUAACAUACAUAAACCACCUACAAACUGUGAAUAAACAAACACGAAUAUGUUCAUUAAACAAAAGCCACUUGGCAAGAAGGUGUAUUAAAUAUCCUAAAAUGAUGAAAAGGCUGUCUUAAUAGAGGGUAGGAUAAACAAAUCAGUCUAGAGAUUGUAAAGUCAGAAUAUGGACUUAAUAAGACUAACAGUGGGUAUAUUCAUACAACUGCUAAAGCUGAAUGAAUGGAUGAACAGAAUGUAAAAUGGGUAAACAAUAUAGAGGGUGUGUGUGUGUGUAUUUUGGGAGGUGGAAGACUACCAUGGCAUACACAGAUACGCUGUAAGAGAUACACACUGACAGACAUAUACACAUACAUGCACAGAUGCAUGCACUGACAUACAGGCACAGAUCCACACAUACGGAUCCACAAACACUGACCAUAUGCACACAACACACACACAUAUACAAAACACACAAAAAACACACCCACUAGAAAAUUGUAAAUGUACCUGUGGAAGAAAACAAGGGUAAAAAUUUUAAUUACCCCGUUUUCUAUUGUAGAUAAAAACAAAGACUCCUCUUCAUCUUCAUAAAACAUAUAAAACACCACACUCUACAAAAAAUAAAAACUCAAAAUACUGUAACCCUGUUACAUAAAAGCCCAUCAUGUUUUUAUGUAAAAGAGUUACACUAUUUUGAGUUUUUAUUUUUUGUAGAUUGUGGUGUUUUACACACACAUAUACACUUGACUCAUUCUCACUCAGAGUCCAGCUCUGAAGAAACUCUCCAUUGCAGAGAGGUAUGCCCGACAAUGCAAUCUGACCAAGUGUAUAGUAAGUUUAUAGAUGUUUAUGAUUUUUUUUUUGCUUUAUUUUCCUGUGUAUGUUUGCUUACAAAUGUUUGCAUGCUGGUUUAAAAAGGAUUGUCAUGUGAUGCAUGUUCCUUUCCUAGAAAUAAACAACAUAAACAAUUAAGAAUGGUACAAACGUGGACGAACGAUAUUGUAAAUAGAGAAUGUACGAAUGUAAGGAAUGUACAAUAUGCCUGUAAAUUAAUGUUUGGAAUCUAUGAGAUACUGAGAUUAUUGAGCAUUUCUUUACAUGUGACUACGUGUAUCCAUUUACAGAUAUGUUUUAAAAGAAGACCUAUCUUCUACAUUGUGCAUUUGAUCUUGCCAAGCAUGUUUCUCAUAAUUAUGGAUAUCAUUGCCUUUUAUGUGCCACCGGAGAGUGGAGAAAGGAUCUCUUGCAAGAUUACAAUCCUCUUGGGGUACUCUGUAUUUCUUAUCAUCGUUUCAGAUCACAUGCCUGCAACUUCUAGUGGAACUCCAUUGAUAGGUAAAACUAUAAAUGUAUGCAUGUCAAGUAGAUCUUGUGGUCAGCUGUGCUAGAGUGCUAUGUCCAUCAUGGUAGUUUUGAAUGAUGUAUGUUGUUUAGUUGGGAAUAACUUAAGCCAAGAUUUGGUAGUUUUUUAAUGUAACAAUAUUUCAUUGCAAGUUUCACCUGCUACACAUAUAUACCAGGUGCUAGUUAACAGCAAUAUCUGUGCCAGUCGCUAGACCCACUGGCAUCGUUAAAUACAGUCAAAAUUUGAUAUAUAAUAUUGGCUAAAUCCAGAUACUUUUACAAUGGAUUUUACCAAUAAUAUUGAAUUGAGGCCAUAGUGUCAUAGGGAGAAAAAAUACAAAAUUCAAAAAAAAUCUAAAUUGCAAAAGAUAAAUUGUAAAUCAUAUAUAUAUAAUAUUUUUAUUUCCGAUCCAUCGUUAUGUUUUGUGUCCUUUGAAAUACCAUCAAUGUCCUUUCUUUUUAUAGGUGUAUAUUUUAUAGUCUGUAUGGCACUGCUUCUGUUCAGCAUAGCAGAAAGUAUUUUCAUAGUCCGAGUAGUUUUUGAAGAAAGGAUCCAGCCUGAAGUUCCUGAUUGGGUGAAGAAAUUAGUUCUGGAGAAGAUGGCAGCUAUGCUGUGUAGGCAGAAGUUUAGAAAACACAUGGAAUCAUGUUAUAAUAGCUCCCAUGUAUCCUGGGAAAUUGGUAGCGCAUCUACCGGUAAGGUCUCUGUACAGCAUGAUGUUAUAUUUGCUGAAAUAUACCAGGGAAAUUAAUAUCUAAAUAUUCUUUUUUAUAAAACAAAAAAAAUGCCAGUAUGACCUUUUUGGUCAAAGAAAAAUAUGGAAGAAAAUAAUAUUUCAAAUCAGGACACAAAAAGGUGUUUUCUAAAUGGAUUUUGUACAUAUAAAAAAAUUAAACAAUAUUGUAAGGUCAGGAAAGAGGAAAGUAAAGUUAUAUAUGGGGUUGGCUAAGUGCUUGGAAACACCUGACCACCUUUUUGACAUUUAAGAGGUUAAAUUCUCUAAGCAUUUAACCCCUUUAAAACCCAGAAGUCUGCACGCCUCCUGGGCUCCCAAUCAUUAAAAUAUUUAAUGCCCAAAACAGGGUUUUAACUUCUUGGAGCUGCAUAAUGUGUCCUUGAGGCUGGACAUCUCCUGGGAUCCCAGUCUCUAUAUUUAUGUUAUGGGUAGUAAUCACUUAGGAUGUCAAUACCCACUUCCACCACAGUUAAAAUCUUUCAUCCUCUCAGAACACAUUUAGCACUUUAAUCCUGACUGUAAUAAAUUUAAAUAUAGAAAGAAAUAUAAUUAAAAAAAUCCUCAUCUAUUUCCAAGUGCUUCUGACAUGUUCCUUACAUCAUUCUCUAGUCCGGUGUUUAUCUCUCUCAAUCUUAGCCAUACAUUCUCCAAAACAUUCUCUACAUAUCACCACAUUAAUUACAACAGCCUAAUUUAUCCUCAAAUAUUUCUUCACCUCUUCCAGCUUCAGCUCCCAUAGACCCACUCCCUGCCCCUCCCGUAAUACUGUGGAGUUGGACUUCUUGCUUUGGAAUGCAAGAUCCUUGUGCAAUAAGACCAGUCUCACUUUAGACUUUUUCCUUUAUGAUUAGUUUGCAUUUAUGGCAAUAAGAAACACAAACUCUUUCCAUUAAUACUGCUUUUUAAUAAAACUUUUUUACACUCCAUACCUAACUGGAUCUGGAGGUGGAGUUGGUUUUCUGACAUCUUCCUCCUAGACUGCUGCACUUAACCACCAUACCCUCUCAUUGUCUCUCAUCCUUUGAUGCCCACAUCUUCUCUUUCUCUAGCCCACUCCCUAUAAAAUUGUUAAUUAUUGACCCCUCCAGCUGAUCUCAUCCAUGGUUGCACCUUUGACCUCAUUUUACUUUUGGCUCUAAGGCUGCCCACCAGCUAACCACUACUUACUAUCCAGCCUUCCUCACAUUUAUUUUUGAGUCUAACAUGAUUUACCCUCUAAGUAUUAUACCUAGCAAUAUAGCAAUGCUAUGAAUGUAUGAAAGUGUUAUUUUCGCUCAGUGUAUAAUUUGUUAAUCUAUGUAAAGCACUGUCAAUAAGGUGGUAUAUAAGAAUUGUCAAACAAAUAAAUAAAAUAAAAAGAAUACUGGGCUUAGGAGACCAGGCAACAUCUUGGCUCUCAUAUUGCAUUCCUCUCCACCCAAAUCCCAUAGGGUGGAGAAGAAUAAAGGGCCACAUCCUGGGCCACUCCUAGCUUUUUUUGGGAUCCCAAUAACCCUACAAUCUUUUAAAAUACAUACAUAUUUAUUUAUUUGUUCAUUUAUUUCUUCAUUUAUUUAUGUAUUUAUUGAUUUUGUAAUGAAGAGAGCUGAUUAGUUUAAGAAUGCAUAGCUGAGCAAUUUCAGAGCUAAUUUGGGCAUGUUUUGUAAUUGUCAUAAGUUCAAUUCUUAAUAGCAAUUCUGGACUUUCAAGGCAAUCAGCAACAGUUUUACCUUUGAUCCCAACUUGCUCAUCUAAAUGCUACAUUAUGCCCAUCAGUUUGCUGUUAUUUGUCACUUGAAAGAGGUCAAACACAUCAAAAUGUGUGGCUAAUUUCACAAUACCAAUAUAUUCGAAAGCUCAUUAUUCGAUUCUGAUUUUACUUUAUAUAGAGAAACUAUCUAAGCGUAAUGAUGUGAAUGCAGAAGAUUCAACUGAAGAGAUUCUACAAAAAGAAGCAAAUCCUGGAAUUCUGGAUAAAAUCCUCAAAGAGAUAGCAUUCAUCAGAAGUAACCUAGAGAAGAAAGACAAAAAUGCUGUCACCAGGGAGUGGCUACUGGUUGCAUAUAUUCUAGAUGUAUUUAUGUUUCGUGUGUACCUUUUGGCUGUGUUAGCAUAUCUGUUAUCUUUGUCAUUAAUUUGGUCCCGAUGGCAGUUGGCCUAA